AUGGCUUUGCAGGAGGUGACUUUUCCGGUCAAGCCCAUUGUGAAGAUACACUUUAUCAUCAACUGUGUGCUGGUUCUCAUCACACUUGUUGUCGUUGGGCUCCGUCUUGUGUCGCGCUUGAUCACAAGCGCGGGGCUCGGUUGGGAUGACUAUCUUAUCCUCAUCGCUGUGCCGGAGGCGCUCGGCAUGUUCGUUAUCCAGGGACUCUGCUUGCCAAUGGGCGUGGGCUUCCCCAUCACCGACACGUUGCCGAACCUGGUCGUGCUCCUGAAACUGAUGCUCUCGUACGCUAUGAUCUACAACGUCUGCAUCAGCACCGUGAAGAUAAGCGUUCUAUGCUUCUACCUCCGCAUAUUCGUCAACAAGUACUUGCGUAUCGCCACUAUGGUGGUGGGCGGAUUUGUCCUCAGCUGGACGACCGCCAACAUCCUAAUGCUGUUUCUCAUAUGCCGGCCAUUCAGAGCGAACUACGACCCCCUUCUCGCCCGUGACCAUUGUGGAGACCAAAAAACAGCCUUUAUGUCGAUUGGCGUCUUCAACAUCAUUAGCGACAUUAUGAUCUGUCUCCUUCCCCUUCCGACCAUUUGGGGAUUGAAAGCACGACAGAAAAUGAAGAUAACCCUGACGGGUCUCUUUACCAUUAGUUUUGUGGUAUGUGCCGUUGCUGCCGGCCGUAUCGCCGCCUUUACACGCUUCGAGCUCUCCGAUCUCACCGGCACAAUGAUCUGGGUAGACUUUUUAUCGACAACGGAAACCAGCCUCGGUAUUCUCUGCGUCUCCCUACCGAUGCUCGGCCCCAUUGUGGGAAGACUUGGAAAGGGCAAAUCCAGCGCGUACGACUCCCGGAGCUGGCCAAACCAGUAUUCCAACGGAGGCUCGAAAGCGAUGGGGUCUAAGUUCUCCAGCAAGAAGCAGCAGCCUGGAGUGGACACCAUUAUUCUGAAUUCUAUUGAUGCUGCGGACGAGCACGAUCACGAGCACGAGCAUGUAUUAUAUACCGGCAAUGCAGAAACCUCCAGUCAACAUGGAAGUGAGGCAUCUCUCAAUCCUGCUUCGAGGCAACAAGCACCGAUUGGGAUUGCGAGGGGGUAG